GAGCUGAGCAAAUUAAAAACUAACAAGGCCACUGGCCUAGAUGGGAUUAGUGCUAAACUGCUUAAAGACUCCGUUUGCGUUAUUGCACCAACUCUCACAAAGAUCUUUAAUCUCUCGCUACGCUGUGGUGCAUUCCCCGACAUCUGGAAGAAAGGUAAAGUUACUCCCAUUUACAAAACUGGCGAUCCAACGUCAUCGAACAACUAUAGACCAAUCACCAUUCUACCAACUUUGAGCAAAUUAUUAGAACGUAUAGUCCACCGUCAAAUUUACAAUUAUCUACAAGAGCAUACGUUACUGGCUUCCCAACAAUUCGGUUUUCGCUCCAAACUCUCCACCACUGUUGCCCUGGCUCACUUUACUGAACAAGUACUCGUUAACCUCGACAACAAAAAGAUUACGGGCGCCGUUUCCAUUGACCUACGAAAAGCAUUCGACACG